AUGUCAAAUUCGCCGUCCGUUCCCGAUGAUACCUUGCCUAAUCCCCUGGUGACACCUGCUACACUUGCCCAACAUGAUUGCUCAGAGCGCGACCCACGUCACCACUCGCGGCAGGGUCAGCACUUGUCCCAGGGGACUCGAGAGGCGCCGUCGCCAUCGCGGGCAGAAUCCCCCUCGGCCCAUUCGUGGUCGCAGCCCGUAUCUAAUUUCACUCUAAAAAGGACCCUAACCACACCCUUGGAGAAUACUGCGCAUCCCGAUAUUGUGUACCGUCCCCAACUGUCAGAACGUGACAGUAUCUUCGCAACCCAUUACCUCCCCUCAGAUAGCGGCGCAAAUACCCCACAGUUGCCUCCCGAAAAAGCAGACAAUGGCCAGGUCAAUUUGAUUCCUAGCCUCGAUGAUGCCUCCGUGUCGCCAGGUGCAUUCCCCAAGGUCUCUCCCCACCGUUCUAGCGUCGGCCCUUCCCACAUGGAAGUUGACGUCCGCAGACAAUACCCAUUGCGUUCCUCCUCUCUCUUCUCCUCUUCCGAUGUCCCGAGGUUAUCUCUUCUUCGCUCGUCCAUCUCGUCGGCCGAUCAGGUGCAGAAACCGGUGACUGAGGCAGGACCACAUGAUCACCUGGGUGGAUCUCAGCGAGACAAAGGACCUUUGGAUGAUACAGGUACGAAGACCAGCCGUUCUCAAGGGACUUUGCCCGGACGCAUAUUGCUCCCGUCUGCUUUAAACGAUGUACCUCGUACCUCUCACUCUUUGACUCUCUUGUCCCCUCGCCACGAGGGCUCUCAGGUCAGUCAGGAAUUUUUAUCCUACAGUCCUCAAAAAGAAACCCUUCCCCCUGCGGGUCCUGAACGAAGCCCGAGUAGAGGUCGCCAUAGUCGAGUUGAUAACUCAAUUGAAGCCAAUCUGACCAACUCAGAGCCGGCUUCUAACGUGCGCAGCCGCAAGUCCAGCCACUACUUGGGUCUGUUCAAAGAGAACACCACGUCACCAGAUCGGAAACGAUGGGAGGAUCGCGGCCGGCAGGAUGAGCCAGAGGAAUCGGCAGAUCACGCCAUGGACUUUGACCACGAACAUCCACGACCCGAAGAGGAAGCUGUGCUGCGUAAAAGCAUUUCCCUCCCGGUGCUUGGCGAUGGUCCGGCUUUUGAGCCUCUAUCUGCACCCGAACCAUCUCAGAACACCCAAGAAGAUGAACCACACAAGCGUCGCCCGACAGCGCUACCUCGCAGCCUCCUAGAAGAGAUUCGAAACUUCCAUCUUACUCCCGGCGGCGGAGGCCGAGGGUCAUCUUUCUCCAAAAGCAUUCCGACUCAGUAUUCAGAACGCAGUCGUGAUUAUUUUCAAAAGGAGCCUCAUGUUGACCUGUCUCCGUCCACCUCUUUCGAAGAGGAACGUCGCGGGUCAGGGCGAUUCGAGGCCGAUGAAGAGGAGAAUGAGCAGAUUUCUUCUGCCGUUUAUUUUCCUCACGAGCGCACUGUGACUGAAGAAAUCGAUGAACUGCAGUCAUACCCAGAACGUCCUCAUGAUGUACAGCCGGUUCAGUUGUCGGCCGAGAAAGGCCAUGAGCUGAUGAUCCUACAUGGCGAUCUUCACGAGAAUGUGCCAGAAAAGCCUUUGACUACCAUCUCUGAACGCAGCUAUGAUUCAAUAAGUGAAUCUGAACCCCCUUCCGCCGAUGAAAGUACACCCUCUAUUCCAGAGGAAUCCAGUCUGACAGAUGACGCGGAGACACCCACAGCGACACCAAUCCAGCGUACAGGGCUUCUGUCUCGUCGGAAAUCCCCCAAACAUCAAGGGCCUCUUGGCGCUGUGGAACUGAAGCCUUACCGGCACCAGGUUGGCGGGCACACAACCGUAUUUCGAUUCUCCAGACGCGCUGUGUGCAAGCAACUUAACAACCGAGAGAAUGAGUUUUAUGAACGCAUUGAGCAGAGACACCCUGAUAUGUUAAUGUUUCUUCCAAAAUACAUUGGGGUGCUGAAUGUUACGUUCUCGAAGACAUCCAAAAAACCAAAGGAUCAGGUCAACUCUACUGGGGGCAAAGUUCAGGAUGUAACACCAGCGAAUGGGUCUUCGGUGCUCAGCUCUCAACUUCGCGAGGCGGCAGAGCCGCAGCGAAUUUUCAGCCAGUCGCAAGUAACAGGUAUCAUUCCCAAGGUCGUCCUUGAAAACAAUCGCCACAUUAUCCCUGCCGAUUUGUUCUCCCGAACGCAGCGCCCGCGGACAGCGGAUGAUUCAGUGGUGAGCCGUGCCCGAUCGAUGGACGGCCUCGAGGCUAUGUCAACCGAGUCUGACCCAUCUGCUCUGAGCAAGAGAGCUAAGAUUUGGGGCGCCACCACCGUCAACCAGAAGCUCCAAGAGCAGGUUCUUCGUGAGGUUUUCAGCCCUCCUGCUAUCCACCACCAUCGCCGGCAUGCUCGGGGUCAUCGUCACCUGCCUCGAGCCAGCAGCGACUUCCCCCCUCGACGAGAAAACACGUCCGAGGACCAUACGCCUAGUCCUCGGCGACCGAUGCUGGGAGCCAUACAAGCGCUGAAGACGGACGCAAUUGAUAUCGUCCCUCCCGCUACGGAGGGACCUGCUCUUUCCUCGUCCGCAUCCACUGCCCUGGAUGCUAAUCAAAACCGGUUGGAGAAUGUUCGAACAGAGGAGGAGCCCAACCGAGCAAGCUCUUUGUCUCGGGCCUCCCAUCGAGUACGGCGCCGGCAUUCUGGAAGUGGCCUUCAGAGGCGCGGCAGCAUCAACUCCCGUAAGGAUGGUGAGCUUGUCUUCUUUGAUGACGAAGGUUAUGGUGGCGACAAAGAAGAUGAUAUCUUUUCCAUGGAAGCCGAUGCCUCCAUGCCUUCGAACCCCUCCCCGGUCGCAAAACAUCUGGCUCCACCAGAACAUGAAAGGAAUCCAGCCAGUGGACGCCGUGCGCUUGAAUCUGCAGCAGCAGCGAGAGUGUCUGACCCAUCUGAUCCCCAACGAAUGACCAGCAUUACCACUAUGUUGCCCAGUAACCCCAAAGAGGCACAGUUGAGAAAAGAUGAACGAGUACAAUUCUUCCUUCUCCUCGAGGAUCUGACUGCAGGGAUGAACAAGCCUUGUGUGCUGGACUUGAAGAUGGGUACUCGACAGUAUGGUAUUGAGGCAAAUGAAAAGAAAAAGAAGUCACAGCGACGCAAAUGCCAGUCCACCACAUCCCAACAAUUAGGAGUGCGACUCUGUGGCAUGCAAGCGUGGAACGUCAAGAAGCAGGAGUACAUCUUUGAAGACAAGUACUUCGGACGAGAUUUGAAAUCUGGUCGCGAAUUCCAGGAUGCUCUCACCCGCUUCCUUUACGACGGCAUCAGUUAUGCCAGUGUGGCCAAGAAGAUCCCAGUCAUCCUGGAGAAGCUGGCUCUGUUGGAAAAUAUGAUUCGACAGCUGGACUCUUACCGUCUUUACGCAAGCAGCCUCUUGAUUCUCUAUGAUGGGGAGCAACAAACACCUCAUCAAGGGCCCCCGCGCAGUACCGGUGAACCAUCACCUUUGAAGCGCGGUAUGUCCGACGAUGGCCACAAAAAAGCAGACGUUCAGUUGAAGAUUGUCGAUUUCGCCAAUUGCGUCACGGGCGAGGACGAACUCCCACCGGAUACACCCUGUCCACCUCACAGCCCGCACGACAUUGAUCGUGGCUACCUGCGCGGCCUUCGCACACUCCGAAUGUAUUUCCAGCGGAUCAUGAAGGAGACCACGCAAGAUGAAUUUGUCGAGCGAGGAGAAGGCGAAGCCAUUGCAUUGGGAUCUCAGCCCGCCGUGCGCGAACUACCCUCCGACCAGUAUUGGGACGAGACGAUGAUGGAAAGUGACGCGGGCGCAGUCAGUUUCUAA